AUGUUUGAUCCAUACUAUCAAAGUAAUAGAGAUUGCACCGGUAGACAAAGUCUAUCAUCUAUUCAGAAAUGCACUGCCGCCAUGCGUACGUUAGCGUAUGGUGUAGCUGCAGAUGCCGUUGAUGGAUAUCUACAUAUUGCAGAAACCACCACAAUAAAAUGUGUCAAGAAAUUUGUAAAAGUUAUCAUUAGUGUGUUUGGUGACGAGUACUUGCGAAGACCAACUGUUGAAGACCUUCAACGGUUACUUCAUGUUGGACACGAACAAGGGUUUCCAGGUACAUUAAAUGACAUCAAUAUGUUAGACCGUUCUCCUAUUUUUCACGAGCUGUUAGAAGUGAAAGCACCAAAGAUUAACUUCCAAGUGAAUGGUAACAAUUACAACUUAGGUUACUACAUCACAGAUGAAAUUUAUCCCAAUUAG